AUGGCCGAACAAGCUUCCAUUACAUCCACUGCGCGGCAGGACGAGAAACCCGUGUGGUAUCGUGGGACUCUGUUCAAUGCCUGCAUCAUUGGGGGUGUUGGCUUCACGGCACCAGGUCUGUGGAAUGCGAUGAACAGUUUGGGUGCUGGCGGUGCACAAGAGCCGUAUUUGAUUAAUGCGGCCAAUGCGCUGGUUUUUGGGCUCAUGGGCCUUUUGUGUCUUUUCGGUGGUCCGAUUGCCAAUCGCAUUGGAUUGAGAUGGACUCUGAUGCUUGGUGCUGUUGGAUAUCCCUUGUACUCGGCUGCUUUAUAUACGAAUAACCGCUAUGGAAACGUGUGGUUUGUUCUGGUUGGAUCGGUAUUUUGUGGUUUAUCCGCCGGUCUUUUCUGGGCUUCUGAAGGUGCCGUGGCGCUGGGCUAUCCAGAGCCAGCGAAGCGUGGUCGCUACAUGAACAUCUGGCUGUGGUUCCGUACGGGUGGACCGUUGGUGGGAGGUGCUAUUGUGCUCGGCCUCAAUAGCGGCGGCAGUGCCCAUGGCAAAGGGAAGGUUGGCUCUAACACAUACCUCAUUUUCGUGGCGCUCCAAUGUCUUGCAGUACCUAUUGCGUUCUUCCUCACACCCCCGGACAAGGUCCAACGUGCAGACGGAAGCAAAGUCAGAAUUGUUCUGCAGGACUCCUGGCGCGCCGAGAUGAGAGAGCUUUGGAAGGUCUGCAAGCGCAGAGAGAUCCUCCUACUACUGCCUGUCUUCUGGGCUGCAUACUUCAAUCAGUACAGCGGAAACUUCAAAUCGUACUACUUUGGUGUUCGCGCUCGCGCUCUGAUGGGAUUCGUGUCCUAUUUCUCCACCCUUCUCGCAUCGACAAUCAUCAGCUGGUUCCUGGAUUACCGCAGGCUUUCUACCAAGAACAGAAUCCAGUACAGUUUCUUCUACGUGAUCGUCCUUCACAUUAUCACAUGGGUUUACGCUUGGGUUAUUCAAGAAAAGUACACCAGUAACCCGCCAACCCUCGACUGGGCUGACAAAGGCUUCGUUGAGGGAUUCUUCGUUAUCCUUCUCUGGGAAUUCUCGCAACAAUCACUGCAAAACUUCCUCUAUUACUUGCUCUCCACUAUGACCGACAACAUCUCCGAGCUCUCCCGACUGAGCGGUAUCCUCCGCGGCCAAGAGAGUUUCUCUCAAGCCGUCUCGUUCGGCCUCAACACCCAAACGUGGCACGGUGGAAGAGUCCCGCUGGCUGUCAACACUAUCCUUCUUGGUCUUGCAAUAGCGCCUACAUGGCUAGUUGUCAGAUCUCACGUGCCAAUUGAGCACAGCAAGGAGGAAUCUGAGAUGCCAAAUGCUCAAGAUGAGGAGCAGAAGGCCAGCCUCUCUGAUAAAGAGACAUUUAUUGUUUCCGAAGCUGCGGCGAAAUAA